CAACUCAUAAUAUAAGACACAUUUAACAAAUUUAAUAAAUUGAAAAAAAUGAAUAAAAUUGGCCGGUGGAUAAAGUUCGGUAACUUGGUCUAUCCAUUCAUCUUCCAUAGGCUUAACUCAUCUUAUUGAGCCUUCAACAGUUCAACACAUGUUCAACCAUAUCUCCUUUAGAGCUUCUCUAAUUCUUCUUAGUGGUAUAUGUUCCUUCUAUUAAAACAUAAAUAUUAUUAUUAUUAUUGUUGCUAUUGGAUUAUAUCAUAGACUAGUCAAUGUAUAUUUAAAACUCCUAGUCCGUAGCCUGAUCCACUGUAUUAGCUAGGUAGUUAGCUCUAGCUUAUCUCAUAUACGUGUAUAAAUUCCCCAAGUGUACAUCACAAUUACUCAAUACAAAUUCCACACUUUCAUGGUAUCAAGAGCCAUUCUCUAAAGAGCUUAUAGUUUCUAUUUUUUUUCCGGCCUAUCACGAAGGUUAUCACCACCGCCACUGUCGUGGUUUCCCUCACCGCCGCAACCCAUUUUCCAAUUAAACUCACUACUUCCAACUAUCCAGUUUGGAAAAGCCAAGUUCACUCCGCCCUUAUCGGAUUGGGACUAGAAGACUAUGUCGAUGGUGAUCUUGUCGGAUUCGUUCCCGACAAAUAUCUAGAUUCAGCCAAAACCCAGAUCAACCCAUGUUACACCAUCUGGUACCGCCAAGACAAGACUAUUCUUAGUGCACUUCUUGGCAGUUGUGCUGACACCAUUUAGCCUCUCAUCUCAUCGGCCUCUACGGCACUUCAAGCUUGGGACAAGUUGUCACUUACGUACGCCAGCUCCUCUCGUGGCAGAAUUAUUUCACUCAAAUCUACACUGGCCAAAACCACCAAGGGAUCUCGAUCCAUUCUGGAUUAUCUCACUGAAAUGCAGGCUAUUGCUCAAGCAUUAGCUCUUGUGAUUAACAUCUUGAAAGGAUUGGGAUCGGACUAUAGUGACAUCAAAUCAGCUAUUCGUGUUCGGGAAACAGUAUUACCUCUUACGGAGCUGCAGGAUAUUUUAUUGGAACAUGAACAACAGGUCAAUGAUGCUGCUGCCUCAAAUCAGCCUCUUAUUCCUACGGCAAAUGCAACCCAAACUGCUCCCAGGCAGUCCAAUAACCUUGACCGACGACCCACUUAUAAUCCAGAUCGUCGAGGCAGUUUCUCAAGGCGGGGCAGAGGUGCUUCCUCUGGUUCUUCUCGCUUCUCAUCAUCACAGGUGGUAUGCCGGUUUUGUGACAACGUCGGUCAUGAGGUGAAGUACUGCCGCAAACUUCAACGAUUUCUCCGCGAUAACAAUAUCCCCUACCUGUCUCAACAAGGACAUCCGGCGGUCAAUCAUAUCACCACCACACAAUCACCAAGCGGUCAACAAUGGAUGUUUGAUAGCGGUGCAUCUCACCACGUCGCAUCUGAUGCUAAUCUUCUUCCCACAUACACAUAUUAUGGCGGUCCGGAAGAGGUUCGUCUAGGGGAUGGUAAGGCUCUUUCCAUCACACACACUGGUUCUACCACCCUACCCACUAACACCUCUCGUUCCCUAUCCGUCUCUAAUAUCCUUUGUGUUCCUAAAUUACUAAAAAUUCUGAUUUUCGUAGCUAAAUUAUGUCAAACUAACAAUGUUUCUGUUGACUUCUUUUCCACUCAUUUUCUUGUCAAGGAUCGGGUCAUGGGGGCGCCACUUCUACGAGGGGAGAACAUUCAUGAUGUCUACUAUGUCCCGUUCAAGCAUGUACCUCAAGUCAAUGCCACCCACCUCUCGGAUGUCUCACGUUGGCACCACACUCUGGGGCAUCCUUCCAGUCGUGUACUUCAGUUUUUAGUUCAUAAAAAUAAAAAUAUUCAGUGUAAUCCACAAUGUGAUUUUCAUUGUAUGUCCUGCUCCAUCAAUAAAAGUACCAAAUUGCCUUUUUUUGU